GGGGAUAAUAAGGGCUCAGGAAAGAGCGGGGAUAGUAACAACAGAGAUGCAGCUGGGGGUGUUUCCGGUGAAGAGUUGCCGAGCUGGUGAGGCGAGAAGUUGCAAGUGAACUCUCUAGAGAUAAAGAACAACAUCAAAAUGAUCAAUUUCCAAUUUCUGUUCUUCAAAAAAUCAAGAAUCUCAAAAGCACAAUGGAUUCUCAAGAAGCAGCAAGAGAAAAGGUUGAUUUAGCGCAGCCGGUAAGGGAUAAAGAGAGUGAAUGGAAUCAUCGGAGAAGCUUGGCAUGGGACUCAGCCUUCUUCACUACCCCUGGAGUAUUGGAUCAUGAAGAGUUGUUUGGGAGCUUAAAACUUGGUGAGAAUGAGAUUGACGUAAAUCAGAAGGAGGACUCCAUCAAGAAGUCACUUCUUCCAUGUGUUUCUUCUGACAUCGCUACUCGUCCAAGUUUUGCAUGGGACCAUGCUUUUUUAACCGAGCCAGGUGUUCUUGACUCUGAGGAAUUGUCGCUGGUGAACAAUGGUUUCACUAGUAACACACAGCCUCGUAACUCUGCUGAUUCCAUGACUACAACAACUGAAGGAAGCAGAUUCUCUGUCUCGAGCAUUGAGCUUGAUCUGUUUAACGACCUGAGAGCCUCGAGUAAUGUGAAGGAGACGAGAGCUCAAGAGAUCCAACGCAAGUUACCAGAUGGUAACAAGAGGACUAAAUGGUAUAAACUGAAAAAUCAACGAUUGAGUCUCAUUCCUCAACCAAAAGCGUAUACUCCUUCUUCAUCGUCAUUGUCAUCUUCAGUCUCCGAAUCUUUUACUCCUCGUCAAGCUAAACCCGAGAAGAAAGUUGUUGCAAGUGAACUUGGGAAUAAGGGAUCAAAAUCUAUCAUACGAUCAUCUUAUUCUGGAUAUAAAGGGAAGGAUUUGACAUCGUCAUCCUCUGGUCUGAGGUUACCCUUGCCAAAGAUGGGUUUCUUCGACUCGGAGAAUGACGGAGACAAAGAAAACAAAGAACCAAAUGCUUCUGCAAACAGAAGAAGACACAAGUCGAAACUCGGGACGCUUUAUCCACAAGAAACCCCUAACGUUUUGGGCCAACGCAAGACUCGAAAGUGAAACGGGCAAAAACGACUAUAUUUGACUAUUGAAUCAAUGUUUCUUGUUGGAUAAGUCGGCUGCUUUUUUUCUUUGGAAAUUUUUUUAUAUCCACUGCAUAGGUAUAAGUUGUUGAUGAAUGGUAAUGGAUAUCUUAAUUUAUCUUAUGAUAUUUUCUCAA